AUGGCUAACAUUGAAGAAAAUGUAAGCAAACUAAUAGGCGAUGAAAAGAUCGACAUGAUCGCUGCUACCAGCGUGCUCCAAAUAAGGGCCAGUGAAAUCCGGCAAAGCCAAAUUAAUUGGCAGUCAUAUCUGCAGUCGCAGAUGAUUACUCAACGUGAUCAUGAUUUCAUUGUGAACCUGGACCAGAGGGGUCAAAAGGAUCUGCCAGACAGAAACCCAGAAGGAUGCGCUGAUGUAUUUCUAAACUUGGUAGCACACAUCAGCAAAGAUAACACCAUUCAGUAUGUGCUUGUUCUGAUUGAUGAUAUUCUAUCUGAGGAUAAGUCGAGAGUGAAGAUCUUCCGUAAUGCUCGUCAUGGUAACGUCUGGCAGCCUUUCCUCAGCCUGCUGAAUCGUCAGGACGAGUUUGUCCAGCAUAUGUCUUCACGCAUCAUUGCCAAGCUCGCCUGCUGGCAUCCACAGUUGAUGGAAAAGAGCGACCUACACCACUACCUUUCCUGGCUCAAGGAUGAGCUUAAAAUGAAUGCGGAGAAAGUGUCUGCAGAGUUAGAACAUGCCGAGCAGGUUAUGUUGGAGCAUGAGAAACAAAAUUUCUCUGAUAAACCAACAAAAACUCACAAGGAUAAGGAUGAUGUUAAGGACUCCGAGAAGUAUAAGAGCCUGUACACCUCUUUUGAUGUCUUAAAAUCUCACGAGGACCUCCCCGAUGGUCUUGUAAAGAACAACGAUUACAUCCAGUCGGUAGCGCGCUGUCUUCAAAUGAUGCUUCGUGUUGACGAGUACCGCUUCGCUUUCUUAUCCGUUGACGGCAUCUCGACUCUACUUUCUAUCCUCGCUUCGAGAGUCAACUUCCAGGUCCAAUACCAGUUGGUGUUCUGCUUGUGGGUGCUAACUUUCAAUCCUCUGCUGGCUGAAAAGAUGAACAAGUUCAAUGCUAUCCCCAUCCUGGCUGACAUACUCAGUGACUCUGUCAAGGAGAAGGUCACUCGCAUCGUGCUAGCCGUGUUCCGCAACCUCAUUGAGAAACCCGAAGACCAGCAGGUGGCAAAGGAGCAUUGCAUAGCUAUGGUUCAGUGCAAGGUCCUGAAGCAGCUUUCCAUCUUGGAACAGAAGCGUUCUGACGAUGAAGAUAUUAUGAAUGAUGUAGACUUCCUGAACGAACGUCUGCAGGCCUCCGUACAAGACCUUAGCUCCUUCGAUCAGUAUGCUACCGAAGUGAAGAGUGGACGCUUGGAAUGGUCACCUGUGCACAAAUCAGCUAAGUUCUGGCGUGAGAACGCCGCCCGUUUGAACGAACGUGGCCAAGAGCUUCUAAGAACGUUGGUUCAUUUGUUGGAGAAGAGCCGCGACCCCGUAGUACUCGCUGUAGCCUGCUAUGACGUUGGCGAGUACGUGCGUCACUACCCGCGCGGCAAGCAUAUUAUUGAGCAACUGGGUGGCAAACAACGUGUUAUGUAUUUACUGAGCCAUGAAGACCCCAAUGUUCGGUAUGAAGCACUACUUGCUGUACAGAAACUCAUGGUUCACAACUGGGAGUAUCUUGGCAAGCAACUGGAGAAGGAACAAAUUGACAAACAGUCUGGUGGUACAGCCGUCGGUGCUAAAGCUUAA